CGGGCGGGGGGGCCGGCGAGCGCAGGGGCCUCGGGCACGCGCGCGCGCUCUCGCUUCCCUCUCUGCCCCCCCUCUCGCACACACACAUCCACACACGCACACCCCCUCCCCUGUCGCCCGCCCCGCGCGCCGCCCGCCCCUCCGGCCCCGCUCGCCCUCGCGCGCUCGGAAGGGAGUCGCGAGACGUCGGAGCGGCGGCCACGUAGCGCUGCGGCGGCGGCGGCGGCGGCGGCAGCCGAGGCCGGGUCUGAGGAGCGGCCCUGAGCGCAGACGUUGGGCAGGGGGGAGGGGCCGGCCCCGCCGGCGGUGGUUACUCGAGCGCCGCGGCUACAGGCCCCCCGCCGCAGGGAUGGACCGCCGAGGCGGCGGUCGAGGCGGCGGAGGCGGAGGCGGCCGGCCCGGAUAAGAUGCUCCAAGUUCCUUGCAGCUCUCUUCAGAAGAAAAUCACCUGUGCUCUGCUCUUGCCAUAAUACCAAACCUUUUUGCUUAUGUUUUGGUGCUGUGACACUGGAAGAAUUGCAUACAGUUUCCAGGAAUAUCUUUUUUUCAUUUAAGUAAUUCUCUGUGGAUGGAGAAAGAUUUGAGUCCUAAUUAUUACCUUGUUUUAAAGUUAAUUCUCUGUAAUCUGAACUGCUUAAUAAAUUGGGCCACUUACCAAUGAGCCACACAGCCAGUUCUUGUCAGGAACUGGUUGAAAACUGUGCUGUGCAUGUAGCAGGGAUGGCACAAGAAGAUAGCCGCCGUGGUCAAGUGCCAUCUACUUUUUAUCAUGGUGCCAACCAAGAACUUGACCUGUCCACCAAAGUGUACAAAAGGGAAUCAGGAAGUCCUUAUUCUGUGUUAGUGGACACCAAGAUGAGCAAACCGCAUCUCCAUGAGACGGAGGAACAGCCAUAUUUCAGGGAGACAAGAGCAGUGUCUGACGUGCACGCUGUCAAAGAAGACCGGGAGAAUUCUGAUGACUCGGAAGAGGAGGAGGAGGAGGAGGAAGUCUCUUACAAAAGGGAGCAGAUCAUAGUGGAGGUAAACCUUAAUAAUCAAACAUUAAAUGUAUCUAAAGGGGAAAAGGGUGUCUCUUCUCAGUCCAAAGAGACUCCUGUUCUUAAGACGAGCAGUGAGGAGGAAGAGGAAGAGAGUGAGGAAGAGGCCACAGAUGACAGCAACGACUACGGAGAGAACGAAAGGCAGAAGAAAAAGGAGAAGAUAGUGGAGAAAGUCAAUGUUACACAAAGGCGAACACGGAGAGCUGCCUCUGUUGCCGCAGCUACCACUUCCCCUACUCCCAGAGCUACGAGAGGGCGUAGGAAGAGUGUAGAGCCACCUAAGCGUAAGAAGCGGGCCACAAAGGAGCCCAAAGCACCAGUCCAGAAAGCUAAGUGUGAAGAGAAAGAGACUCUGACCUGUGAGAAGUGCCCCAGGGUGUUUAAUACUCGCUGGUACCUGGAGAAGCACAUGAACGUUACUCACAGGCGCAUGCAGAUCUGUGAUAAAUGUGGCAAGAAGUUUGUCCUGGAAAGUGAGCUGUCCCUUCACCAGCAAACAGACUGUGAAAAAAACAUUCAGUGUGUUUCCUGUAACAAAUCAUUCAAGAAACUCUGGUCGCUUCAUGAACAUAUCAAGAUUGUCCACGGAUAUGCAGAAAAGAAAUUUUCCUGUGAAAUUUGUGAGAAGAAAUUUUAUACUAUGGCUCACGUGCGGAAACACAUGGUUGCACACACGAAAGACAUGCCAUUUACAUGUGAAACCUGUGGAAAGUCUUUUAAACGCAGUAUGUCACUCAAGGUGCACUCCUUGCAACAUUCUGGAGAGAAGCCCUUCAGAUGUGAGAACUGUGACGAAAGGUUUCAGUACAAGUACCAGCUACGUUCCCACAUGAGCAUCCACAUUGGGCACAAACAGUUCAUGUGCCAGUGGUGUGGCAAGGAUUUCAACAUGAAGCAGUACUUCGACGAACACAUGAAAACACACACUGGAGAGAAGCCCUUUAUCUGUGAAAUCUGUGGCAAAAGCUUCACCAGCCGCCCCAACAUGAAGAGGCACCGCAGAACUCACACAGGCGAAAAGCCCUACCCAUGUGAUGUGUGUGGGCAGCGGUUCCGCUUCUCCAAUAUGCUCAAGGCCCACAAGGAGAAGUGCUUUCGGGUGACCAGUCCGGUGAAUGUGCCGCCUGCCGUCCAGAUCCCACUCACGACUACCCCAGCCACCCCAGUUCCUUCUGUAGUGAACACACCCACCACCCCGGCUCCUCCCGUCAGUAUGAACCCUGUAAGCACUCUCCCGCCUCGGCCCAUCCCUCACCCCUUCUCGCACCUGCACAUCCACCCGCACCCUCAUCAUCCGCACCACCUUCCUAUCCCUCCGGUCCCUCACCUGCCCCCGCCACCAGCUCUCUUCAAGAGUGAGCCUUUAAAUCACAGAGGCCAGAGUGAGGACACGUUUCUGCGGCACCUGGCAGAGAAGAACAGUUCAGCACCACAUCAUUAACAUCCAUCUCCUUAAGUGUGUUCCCACGGUGAGUCGGUGGAGCAUUUCUGCAGUUCUCAGGCUCUCCUCAGCUCCCUCAGGGGCUUUGCCAUUGUCGGGGUGAAUCAGUAGACCCAAGGGAGUGAACCAGAAGAAGACCUUGAGCUCACAAGGAAACUCAUCUAAACCAGGGAACCACUGAACUAAAGCCCAAUUUGCUUGCAUUUUCUGAUGGAUUUUAUAAAUUUCAAAUACUCAGACUUGUGGGAUUUUUAAAUUUCAUAUCAGCUGAUGAGGUAUGCUUGCUUUUAUAUCCUGGACUUCUCCUCAAAGAGGGGAUAGGCCUGGUCUCCUUUGUACUAAUCGGGAAGGCUGUGAGAUUAAUCCAGAGCAUUAAUUGUAUCACUGUGUAUUGUAAUGAAUUCUUUUCAGCUUUUGGUGCUGGCUACAGAGUUAAGCUGGCCACGUUUCACAGUAUAUCAAGCAUUAUAGAGAAAGAUGGAAAUUUUCUUCUUUGUGUAGCUCUCCUAACGCACUCUUUAUUUUACUACAGAAAUUAUUUUAGAGGUUUUGUAUAGACUUCUUUAGUAGUCUGUUUCUAAAAUGAAAUGUAUUUCAAUAAGCGGUGUAAUUUUUUCUGUGUAGCUGAACCUAUGUUGUAAAAUAGAAAAAAAUUUUUAUAAUCAUCAAAAUGUGAUUCUUAAAGAUACAUAUAACUUCUAUAAUUCAAAGUUAUUCUUACAUCCGUACAACUCAAAGGUGCUUCCGAGACUAGAUGUGUCUGCGAGGGUCGCCAGACCAGGUUCCUGCAAAAACAAGGUUUUGCUUUCAGAAUGUGGUGUAAGUUCUUGGUAGUUUUCAAAUCUCUGCUUCACUCUCAGAUGUCCAUCAGCCUCACUGAUACGCUCCUCUCCUCGGUUUUCCUUUGGGCUCCACUUGUGCGUUGAAUGGAUGAUUUACAGGGGUAGCGCCUUUUCCAGGCUUGCCUGGCUUGAAGAGUCUGAGUGAAGUUGUUCACUGUUAUUUGAAGGAAGUAGAGAUUAUUUCCUUUUCGUCAUGUUUGUUUCUUACUUUCCUUAGGAACUGUGUUCACAUUUAACUCUUCUGGGAAGACAAAUUAGAGUCUGUGUUUUUGAGGUUGCUUUAUUUUUCUAGAAUUGUUAGGAGAAUCUAAAAUAGUAAACCAAAAUCAGAAACUUGUUGCUGAUAGUGGCUGAGAAAUUUGGAUGAGAAGACAAAUUGGUUGAGUUUUUAAAUGUCUAUUAUACACGAAAUGUGAAUAUGCCCACAACUUUGAGCUAUUUUAACAUAGUUUAAAUUGUAGUGAGGGAAUAUUCCUAGGUUUUGCUGCCCCAUCCUCUGCAGGUAAUUAUUUAACACCAGCACCCUUAGGUGAGGAAGAGAGCAGCACCUCUCUCUCAUACCUCUAGGUGGCUUCCUUUUUCAAGUUUGGGAGUCUUCCAAUGGGCACCUUCAACCAGAGCUGAUUCCCAGGAGGGGAAGGUUGAACAGAAGGGCUGACACAAUGAUUCCAUUGAACUAACUACAGUUAUCUAGACUCACUAAUAGCUACAAAUUUAUUUCUUCAUCUCAGACAACUGAGUCCCCCACGCACCCCCUCCUUUUUUUUUUUUUUCCGUGAUGCUGGGGAUUAGAACCCAGGGCCCUGUGCAUGUGAGGCAAGCACUCUACCAACUGAGCUAUAUCCCCAGCGCCCCCCCUUCAUUUUUAAAUCUCGAAAUUCCUUCAUUUCUCUUUCCUCGGGCUCUUAAAUCAUUGCCUGAAUCAGAACCCUUAUAUUUAUUUUUUAUUUUAUAUGAAAUGUGCAGAUAUGUGUCAAGCACUUUUCUGACUGAUUAGCUCAGUAGCAGGGAUGAAUGGAACUCUCAACUGAGACCUAACUGAGCUUAGGUCUCAAAUAGACCACUCUCUAUUAGCUUUUUGGUUUAAUGUUUCCAAUUUUUUUCCUUCUGAUUUUGCCUUUGUCUUCUAUAAUGCAUAGGAAAAUUUUGCAGUGAGACAGAAAAGUAUCAUAAGACAUAUUUUUCUUCCUGUUUUUGGAUGUAAGUUUUAAAGAAUGGUAUUUUUAAUAUUUGUAUACAUUCUUCAAGCCCCCAGGUACCCAAGCUGAGAAGGAAUUUUUGUUCCUUGCUUUUGACUGUUAUGACUUUAGUGACUGUCUCCCCUGACCUCCACAGUCUCCUCUGCAUUCCAUGACAGGUUUGUAAAUUCACACUUUUAUGUAGACUUAUCAUUAUUUCAUGGUUGAGCCUGUAAUAUUAAAAUACUUUUUAAAAAGAUGUAAAUUGUAGCUUAGUUAAUUGGUUAGAACUUAUUUUGUUCUAAAUAAAUGUAUAGUAUCAGGCAGCAAUUCUGAACUCUAGACUCGAGACCAUCGAAUCAACUAUUUCAUGAGGUGUUCUAUAAUUAUACACUGGAAAAUUCAGGUAGUCAUCUUUGGUUUUUCAUUCAAGUAACUAUAGCCAUAAGAAAAUAUCUACUACACAGAAAAACAAUAGUAAGCAAAUAGCCACCACUAUCCUUAACAGAAAAAAAAAAUAUUAAAAAAAAAAAAGAAUAAGCAUUGUCACACAGUAUAAUUUUAGUGAAAUGUAUUGUGGAACAAUUUAGAAACUUGCAAUUUUUUUUCCCCUGGAUAGGUAUAUCUUCUCUGAUUUGGGAUUUGUGGUCUUCAGGAAAUCUGCUCAGAAUAUGACUCCUCAUCAGUGUCAUGUUAUACAUGAAUAAUGAAAUGCAUUACGAAUAGUCAUAACAUUAAUGCUUCUGAAUAUAAGAACUAUAGGAUUAAGCCUUAAACAUGUAUGUGCAUCAGGUUUAACAUGCUGAAGACUCAAACUCAGGGUUGAAAAUUUGGUUGGGGUCCUCUACCAAAAUAAAAGUUGUAUUAUGUGGUAUGUUCUUUCCCACAUAUUCUAUAGCACCCCAUGAAUACUUCAAAGCCUAUGACUUCUGCAUUAUCUGUUUUUGAAAAAAAAAAAAGAACUCUGGAGGAGUUUGAGUCCUCAACCCUUGUCUGUACUUAUAUCUCAAAGACAAUAAAGGUCACAUUUCAGCAUUAUAUAGAUAAAAAUUGAGGCUGCCUCUCAUUACUUAAUCUUAUACUGUCCUCAAAGGCUUGUAUCAUUGCAAGGGUGACUUAUUUGAGGAAAAUUUCCCAAGGAUUUCCUUGAGUCGGCAUUGCAUUUUUGGUGGUUGGUGAGUUGGUUUUUGCAUUUUUCUAUUCUUUUCUCAUAGAUUUAUCAUUCAAGUUUAAACUCUUCUUUAGCCCUAAUAAAAGGUUCCUGUUUUCUCAAAUUGAGUCAGGUAGGCUUAUACUGAGGUAGGUUUUGAAAUUUGAAUGAAGAAAAAAGGAACGAAUAGUUUAAAGGCAUGUGGCCUCCUUUCUACAUAUCUGUACAAACUGAUUCUUAUUUUUAGCAAAUGGGAAGGUCUCUGAAUAAAACUUUACUAUAGUUCAAAGAAACCUGUGCAGAUCACCCCCACAUACUUUUGUAGUCUACCUUUUACACUUAACUAUUCUAAAUUAAUGACAUGGACAUUUCCAAACUUUUGUGCCAUCUUUUUUUUUUUUUAGAAACUACACUUAUUGGAAGUACCUUUUCAUUAUGGUUGGAAUUCUGUCCCUGUAAUUUGAUUGUCCCUAGCACACUAACUGAAGGCAAAAUGCUUUGAAGAGGAACUUAAAAACUUUUCAUUUUUUACUUCUUGAAAUUUUUUUUUUUAGUUUUUAUUUUUGUUGAAUGGAUAUGUGUGUUUAGUUUCAUUUUUAUUUCACUGAAAAUUUUAAAUUUUGAGAAUCUGGGAUGAAGAAAUUCAUUGCAGAUAUACAGGUAAAUUUAUCUUGCAAAUUUUAGUAAAACACACUAUGGAAGGUGGGUUUUUAUGUUAAAAAAAAAAAAAAAGCAACUAAAAACAAGUUAGAUAAACACUU